AUGGUCUCUAUUAUCACUUUCACCAAAAACGUUCUUGUUGCUCUUGCCUUUGCUUUAUUAGCUCAAGGUCUUGCUAUUCCAGAAGACAUUGAUAAAAGAGCAGAAAAAGUUGUCUCAUUAGAUUUUACUGUUACUAGAAAACCUUUUAAUGCUACUGCUCAUGGUCAAAAUCAUCAAGCUCACCCAGCUCAAAAAAGAGGAACUGUUCAAACAAGUUUGAUUAAUGAAGGUCCAUCAUAUGCUGCUACCAUCACUGUUGGUUCAAACAAACAACAACAAACAGUUAUUGUUGAUACUGGUUCUUCUGAUUUAUGGGUGAUUGAUUCCGCUGCCGUUUGUCAAGUUACUUAUCCUGGUCAAUCACCAACUUUUUGUAAACAAGAUGGUACUUACAAACCUUCGAGUUCAACAACGUCCCAAAACUUAGGCAAAGCUUUCUCCAUUCAAUAUGAAGAUGGAAGCUCUUCUCAAGGUACUGUUUACAAGGAUACAGUUGGUUUAGGUGGCGCUUCAAUUACUAACCAACAAUUUGCUGAUGUCACGACCACUUCAAUUGAUCAAGGUAUUUUAGGGAUUGGAUUAACCGGUGAUGAAACUAAUCCAACCUAUGAUAAUGUUCCUGUCACUUUGAAAAAGCAAGGUAUCAUCAAUAAGAAUGCUUAUUCUUUAUAUUUGAAUUCUGCUUCUGCUUCUUCUGGGACAAUUAUUUUCGGUGGAGUUGAUAAUGCCAAAUACACUGGUAGUUUGACUGCAUUGCCAAUCACUUCUUCAAAUGAAUUAAGAGUUCAAUUGAGUACAAUUAACAUUGCUGGAACUACUGUUAGUGCCUCCACUACUCCAGUUUUGGAUUCAGGAACUACACUCACUUAUUUUUCCCAAACUAUUGCUGAUAAAUUGGCUGCUGCAGUUGGUGCUAAAUGGAGCAGUUACUAUCAACUUUAUACCUCGAGUUGUAAUCUUUCAGGAAAUAUUGUUUUCAAUUUUGCUAAAGGAGUAACCAUUUCUGUUCCCUUAUCUGAAUUUGUUCUUCAAGAUGGAAAUUCUUGUUAUUUUGGUGUUAGUAGAGAUCUGGCCACUAUUUUGGGUGACAAUUUUUUGAGAAGAGCUUAUGCAGUUUAUGAUCUUGAUGGGAACACAAUUCUGUUGGCUCAAGUCAAAUACACUACUUCUUCAAGUAUUUCUACUUUAUAG